UUGAAACGCGCCAGGCGCCGCUUGAGCGGGCUCUGGGACGCCCUUUCCAAGCUGCUAAGAUUGACACCCCGACCGUCCAAUAGCAACGCGGAUUCACCGAGCGCACUCCAAUCGCGAGGCGGGGAGGGCGGGGCGCCGCGUUCGAGGGCCGGGCUGGAGAAGAUGGCGGUGCGGCAGCAGCUGCGGCAGCUGUUCCAGGAGCCGCGCAUCAGCGGCGUCAUCACGGUGGAGCGGCCCCGCCGGCCCCCCCCCGCCCCGCCGCCGCCUCCGCCUCCGUCCCGGGCCCCAGAGGAGGCUCCGCUGCAGUGGCGGGGGCUGCGGCCGGAGGACUGCGCCGUGUUCCAGUGCCGCGGGUGCCGGACAGUGCUGGGGGACUCGCUGCACCUGUGCGCGCAGGAGGAGCGGCGGCUCGGCCUCCUCGCCUGCCUCAGAGUCACCGGGGACGUGGCCUGGGAGGACGCGCUGCUGGUGGGCCUGGAGGGAGCCCUGCUAGGCUGUGCUUACAAUGCGUUACACUGUCGGUCGUGUGGCUCGAUGGUGGGCUUCAUUCUUUAUUCUGCGUUCAGUAACCUGGCUCAUCUCCGAGGCUUAUUCUGUUUCUUCAAGGAGAGCAUCCUCUGCUAUCUUUUAAAAAACAAAAUAACAGUAGAAGCAUCUAAGGUGAAUUUUCCUGCUUUGACCCUAAAGGAACAACUGAGGAAACUGAAAGAAAAGCUUGUGAUGGUUCACAUGCGCCUAGAAUUGCUGACAAAGAAGAUGGAGGAUCUGAAGCAAAAGAACAUGGCAGAAAAGUAUGGCUCUGCAUCAGAUGCAGUUGCCCUAAUGCCAGGAUAUGCAGUAGUCAACACCAACAAUAAUACACCAUUUUGAAGAACUACCUGGGCCGUUUCCGCAUCUCUACUGAGUUUGUUCAUUAUGAGGAAAUAAUGCAGCAGAACAGGUUUGAGAAAGCUGAUCUGUCACUAUAUCUGUGUACAGAAAGAAUUGGGACUUAAAUGCACCUCUUUGUUCUGAGGGGAACACCUGAAAAUCUAACAUUCUUAAGCUAUGCUCAGAAAAAUGUGUUGGCUGCUCCACAAAGCUUAGGCUGUGAGCCACUGCCUUUGAUAGAUGUAAGUCUUUCCGGCCCGGGUUGAAGCUGUGAAAGCAAGGAACAGUCUUUUCUUCCCCUUUACUUCUAGUCAAUCACAGGAACACUCUUCUUUUGAAGCUGUGAUGAUCUUCCUGCUGCCUCCCCUUGGCCAGUCAAGAUGUCUUGUAAAAGUUACCUAAUGGGUACUUACUAGCUUUGAUUGUUGAUUGGAUUCUGCUUUUUUUUCUGAACACCUAGAAAAUAAUUUGAUGGAAAAGGAAGAAGGUUACUUACCCCUAGUUAUUGAGACAGAAUAUCUUUGUCCCUUGUUCCCUUUUGUUGGAAGACUGAGAGGUCAUUUUCCUCUUCCUCUUGCUGCCUAAAGGGCUGAUUAUUGAAACUGUCUCUAAAAUUUAGUAGCUUCAUGUAACAGUCUGGAGAGGGUUGUACUUAUUUAAUCAGAUUCGUUCCAGUGAUUCAGUUUGCCAUUCCCUUUGUUCUGCUUUCCAUAUGUGAUUGGCAGAUUGCACCGUGUUGCUGAUGAUACCAGGACUCUCUGUAUUUCAUGGUCUUAUUUAUUUGUAAAAUAACUCUUGUCAGGCUUGGAGCAGAGGGUAUAAAACUCACUGCAAGGCACCUUGCAGGCUUAUGUGGGCAGCUGGUAUUUAUGCUACUACUUACGUUCAGUGUGCUGUUUUUUGAUUAAAAGUCCUGGAUUGUCUCCAUUUAUUCCGAUUAAGCAAUAACAGUAUCAAGAGCCAUUCUGCUGGGAGAGAAGCAGCUCCUUCUGUUAAAUUCUAACAGUACCUGUUAUCUAAACGAUGAUUAUCAUCAUCAUCGGUGUUUUACAACUUGGACAGAUAUAAGUGCAGAAAUGCAGUAUUUCUCAAUGACAGCUAAAUUUGGGCUAUGAAAAGUAACUACCUGAAAUAAAUGUUACACUCUGGUAA